CAACACAGAUACUCCGAUCACAAAUAGCAUCUUCGUGGAUUAUUACUGUCCACCUGUAUGUUUCCAUACCGUAUAUCUUCAACAUCAACGGCAAUUCCAAAGCAUCAUCGCCAUUCUCAAGUACCUCACUUGUCCACUUUUGCUUCAACCGCAAACCGCACGUUCGCACCAUCUCUCAUUCGUCCGGCAAUUCAUCACACCCAGUUCGAUUAUUUGCUGCUCGGCUGCCGCUGAAUCAUACUGCAUCGCGAACACGAGUCUUGAGUCAGAAGUACCGGCGUCAGAUCAAGCUGCAUCUUCGCAUCGCUCUCAUAAGUGAAAAGAUCUGCGAGACGGGGAGGAAUGGCGGCCGCCGAUAUUGAAACCAGGCCCCAGGAGCGCUCAGCCCGCAGGAAGCCAUUCGCUAAUCUGGUGAAGCGCCUCACUAAUUUCAAGAACAGCACCGAUAGUCAACAAGGGAAAAAGCAACUGGUCGGCGGUAACCUUCGCAAGCAAAAGAAAGCCGGCAAGAACAACCCGUAUCCUGAGUCGGGCAGGCUGCCAGUGGCCGCUCCGCAGGCCAGCCAGCCAUCAUUUGGAGCAGCGUCUCAGCCGCAUGCAGACAGUUUGUCAUACGCGUCACUCCCUGCCGGUGGCUCACAUGAUAACGAUGGGUCAGAAAGAGGAGGUAAUAAGAGCGGUGCUCCCACCCUGGAGACAAACCCUGAUACUGUACACUCCGAUGGUGGGAACAGCAAAGCCGCUACCACCACGACCGGUGGGCGCGCACUGAGCAGCCUCGACGGCGCUGGAGCUGGAAGUACGUUCAGCUCGCCCAACCACAGCGUGCGCUCUCUAGCUACGACUCUCACAACCAUCCAAUCUCAAGGAAAUGCGAUGCAAACUGGCAAUGGAGUCGCGAGUAAUCAUGCCCCACAUCACAACGAGCAGAGCCAGCCGAAUGGGACAAUGUUUCACCAGCCGUUCCCCGGCGCUGUCUCCGCCAUCCCUCGUCAUUUGCAGGGUGAUCCAAACGCUCCAAACACCUACAGUUCAGCGACUGCGAAUAAUCUAUCCUCCGAUAAUGCUAGCAUCCUGACCUUGGCAUCUUCGUCUAAGCAGCGGCGUCGAAGCAUGGACACAGAUGCGUCAGUCCGGGCAAUGGCACCAAGCUCUGUCUGGGGAGGCAGUCGCGAGUCGCUCCCGCUGAGCGUGCUGAGCAGCAAUAUCGAAAUGGGCCAGUCAACACGGCCUUCGAUUGCCGGAUUGCCUUCAGCUUCGGCCGAGCGUGCAAGCGUCUACUCCUCGUCGGGCCUGGGCAAUAUCCGAGAUUCUACAGGCAUCAACUCUCUGGCGCUUGCCAGCGAACGGAACUCAUACUACGCGAAGCAAGCCGCAGAUGCCAAAUCGCUUCGUUCCAUCAACAACCUCAAAGACGACUCACGCUCGAUCAACCGUGAACAUGACGUAGCGAGCAUCCGUAGCCUUGCGCCGAGUGAAGCGCGGCUGGGCGGUCACAGUCGAAACGAUAGUAUCCCCGGCAGUAUCGCAACAAGCCCACUCGCGAGCCCAGCAUUGCCUCGACAGUCAAGCACGGCUGGCAACGGUCCAUCGUUGAGCAGAAGAGGCAGCGACUGGCGACACAAAGACCUGGAGGGAGAGACCGACAACGCUUACUUUGAGAAACGCGGAUGAAGUACGUUUGUGCUCUACGUUGACCACGCGCGUCAGAGCAUAACGUACAACGACAUCCUGCGCACAGCGUGAAGCAGAUCGCGAAUCGCAUCAGCCGACUUGAAACCAAGAGGCGAGCGUCGUCUGGUCAAUUCAUAUUGCUGUUAUUCUUGGCUUGUUGCUCCAGCACUGUCCACCGUAGCAUGGGAGAAUUGCGCUAUCGAAUCAGGGUCUGGCUUGGCUUUGCACGUGCUGGGCUUUGCGCCCACGUCAUCUCAUCAUCCCGCAAAUUCAAACCCUUGGGGACUUCCAAGAUUCUACGCCAUGUACCUAGUAGCCUUGUAUAC